AUGAGUAUUGUGCAACGUGUUGGCAACACGGGUGUUUACAACGUCGAUGUAUUCACCACCACUACUACUACUACUGCUGCCACUGCUACUACUACUACUACUACUACUACUACUACUACUACUACUACUACUACUACUACUACUACUACUACUACUACUACUACUACUACUACUGCCACUGCUACUACUACUACUACUACUACUACUACUACUACUACUACUACUACUACUACUGCCACUGCUACUACUACUACUACUACUACUACUACUACUACUACUACUACUACUACUACUGCCACUGCUACUACUACUACUACUACUGCCACUGCUACUACUACUACUACUACUACUACUACUACUACUACUACUACUACUACUACUACUACUGCCACUGCUACUACUACUACUACUACUGCCACUGCUACUACUACUACUACUACUACUACUACUACUACUACUACUGCCACUGCUACUACUACUACUACUACCACUACUACUACUACUGCUUAA